AUGAACUAUAUACGCGGCGUCGCAAAUGCUAUAAGCGCUCCUUACCAGUAUUACAAGGAACUACCGCCAAUAAACCCCUCCACAUUAACAGGAGCCAUCGAUGUCAUCGUCAUACAGCGUCCAGGGCCUGACGGCGACACGGAGCUUGCAUGCUCACCGUUCCAUGUACGCUUUGGAAAAUGGCAGGUCCUUCGACCAGGCGAGAAGAAGGUCAACGUUUCGGUCAAUGGCAACCCCAUUCCGUUCAGCAUGAAGAUCGGAGACGCUGGGGAGGCCUUCUUCGUGUUCGAGACAGACGAAGACGUUCCAGACGAGCUUAUUACCAGUCCUAUCCUCCAGCCCACCACUCCCGAAGUGAUUCCACACGAGGCGACAGACCGCUUUGGGGCAAAAGACGAGGGCAAGUCCGCUACGGAGGGGGACGACUCAGAGAGACAAGAAGACAAGAUACGGAGAGAGGAAGUGAGCAGCCAGGAACCAGACUAUCUCGACCUCAAUGCACAAGGCAACGAUGCUUCGCAUACAGGCAGAAAGCACGACGACGACGAUAGAGCCAGUUUCCACAACACCACACCGAAACAAACCCACCAUACUCCCUCUUUCUUGAAGAGGUCGGAUUCCAGGGCCACAAUAAAUCAGCAGAGUAGCCUGUCAGUUCGGCCUCCACUUACUCCAAGAGAUUCCUUGUCUGGAGAACGAACGCCAGAGAUGGAAUAUCAGGAUAGGCGUGUAGACGAGGCGCUUAAAGUGCUUGGUGGUGACGCUCACGCUCCGGAGGUCGAAUACCACUCGGAUAUUGCAUUGGACAUGGAGGGAUAUCAUGCCGGAUACCAUGACCGCGAAAGGUCAGAUCGAACCGUCCGGUCCUCAGAGACGGAUGACUACGAUUCGCUGAGUCCAAGUCUCUCUCGUCGCCCGUCCAAUCAACCAAGCCCUCCCGCUUCCGCCUCCUCGUCCCAACACGCCGAAGACUCACUUAACGCCGGAUCUUUACCGUUCCCCGUCUUCCGCGCAACCUCUGAACCUCCACCUGACGUCAUGGAACAAGUCGAAGACACAGAGUCCGCCAACACUAUCCCUGGGCCUUCCGCUGAGACAGCCCAAAAGAACAAGGGUGCCAAACCCGCGACAUCUUCGCACCUCCAGAUCCAAGAAUAUUCUUGGGAAUGGGGCGCAUUCCCUACGCCAUCACCUAUGAAAGCUACUUUCUCCAAAAGUGGACGGCUCGAAGGCCCGCUGUACAAUCCGAGCGGGAACCAUCGUAGGACGAAGACGUUGCAAAUCAAGAACGGUCGGCUUGGAGGCAUGCAGCUGCCGCUGUUGCAGGAUAGUGAUGAGGAGGUGGCGGGAGAUGACGACCAUAAGCCUAGGACACAUCGAGGGAGAAGUUUGGCGGAGAAAGAGCAUGGGAGGAGUCAUAGCGUUCCUGCUGCCAUCCAGGGAAGUCCGAAUAGACGUAAGGAGAAAAGGAGGAAAAGACAGUGGAAGGAGUACGAAGACUACGACGAAGAGGUGCCGUCGGGCGAUCUGGGCCCCGAGCGGCGGCCCACGAUGGUCAGUGGAGAUACGAUCAAGGGCGAUGAAUUUGGGAUUGGGGGUACGCUUCGGGCGAACAAGCAUGACCCAACCAAGUUUAUUCUCUCGAUCGAAGGUCGGCGGGUUGGUUUCCAGAUCAGCAUUCUCCCAGAGGACGCGACGCCCAAAUCUGAGGGUGAAACGGAGGAUCAGAACAAAGCAGCUGUUCAUCGGUUCUUCAAGAACAGCGAUUGUGUGGAUACUGCCCGCGUUUUCGCGGAAGGUUUGGUCAACUUUGAUACUUUCCUCGAGGAUGAAAGCAUUGUUACCAAUCCUCGGCUUGUCAUUCGCUGGAUUGGAGUUGAGCAGUACAUUACCCGUCAGGAUGGAUCCCCUCUAAUGGAUGCCCUUGUUCACUGGCGUCAAGAAGCACUCCGCCGACGAGAGACAGGGAGUAACCUCCGCCCCGUCUCCCCCACCUCCGAAGAUGAUUCCGCACCCACCUCACCUAUUCAAAUUGAAGUCGAGGAUGAGGACGGCCGCAAGGAUUCUGAGCCAAUCCGAGCCCAAUCCGAACCGCCGGAAGAAACUGAGGAUCACCAGAACGACGAAGAACAAGCUACAGGGAACAAGCCUACUUCGUUGUCUUGGGUGCAGUGGUGGAGUCGUAGUCGAAAUAACGGUACUACUCGACCCGCGCUUCCUGCGUCGAACUCUGCACCGACACCUUCCGCUGAGAUACCACCACCGCCCUCCGCUCCACCCGUCGAACCAUCCAAAGAAGUGGAACCUACCAAAUCCGAACCCGGGAAGCCAGAAGAACCACCACAGGAACCUCCUCGCAAGAAGAAGUUUGCAAAGACGCUCCGACUUACCUCUGAUCAGUUGAAAUCUUUGAACCUUCAACCUGGUCCCAAUUCAAUCACUUUCUCGUUGUCCGCCACUGGUGCUGUUGCAGCGACAGCCAGGAUCUUCGUCUGGGAUCACACAGACCUUGUUGUCGUCUCCGAUAUCGACGGCACAAUCACAAAGUCUGAUGGGCUGGGCCAUGUCUUUGCCAUGAUUGGUCGUGACUGGACUCAUCUGGGUGUUGCCAAAUUGUACACCGACAUCGCCAGAAAUGGGUACAAGAUCAUGUACCUCACAUCGCGCGCAAUCGGGCAAGCAGAUGCCACCCGUGGGUAUCUGAAGGGUAUCAAGCAAAAUGACUAUCAGUUGCCUGAAGGACCUGUGAUCAUGAGUCCUGACCGGCUAAUGGCGUCUUUGCAUCGGGAAGUCAUCAUGCGCAAACCAGAGGUGUUCAAGAUGGCCUGUCUCCGCGAUAUCCAGAGGUUGUUUGGCGAGCAUGCGAAAUACCCGUUCUAUGCUGGAUUUGGCAAUAGGAUCACGGAUGCGCUUUCAUAUCGCAGUGUGAACAUUCCCAGUGCGCGAAUCUUCACCAUUGACUCGACGGGUGAAGUCAAGAUGGAGCUGUUGGAACUUGCGGGCUACAAGUCUUCGUACAUCCACAUGACGGAUCUCGUGGACCAAAUGUUCCCUCCAAUCCACCGUAAAUGGACACCCGAGUUUACAGAUUUCAACUACUGGCGGGCACCCGUUCAAGAAUUCCCCCUUCCCGACCUCUCUCCACCUUCUCCAGCUCUAAGCGCCCGCUCCGACACAUCCAACCAAAGCGCCCUUGCUCGUCUCCGCAACUUCAGCCUCGUCGGAUCGCGUCAAUCUACCAUGAACGAUGACGGGGAAUACAGGAAUAACCAGUUGAGGCAGAUGUCCUCGUUCGAGAGGCUCAGCUCGACACUUGGGUUUAUGAGCAGCGUGAAUAGUGGUAGCGGGAAUAGGAGUGCAAGCCCAGAUCCGUUCACCUCAGACGACGAGGACGACGGGACGUUGUCUGACUCUGGAAGGAGGAGGGAGAGGCGAAGGAGUAUCACGAGCAUGCCUGGGUCGUUGCAUGAUCAUGACAUGGAUUUCGACGACGAGGGCGAUGAUGAAGGGGAAUAUGACGACGAGGACGAAGAGCAUCAGGACGAUGGACUGGAGCCUGAAGAACAUGCGGAAGAGGCGUUUGACGAAGAUUUGUUGGCAGCGGGUGAGAUGCAGAAGGUUCCUUUCCUCUAA